AUGAUUGUGGAGCAUACCAGCCAGUCCUCCUCCUCCAAAUCCCUCCUUCCCCCCUCUCCCCUGCACCUCCUCCGAUCCUUCCCCUUUUCUCCUCCGCCCGCCCCGUCUUCCCGUGAUCGACCCACGCCGUCGCCGCCUCGCCCAUGGCCAGUAGCCGCAACCGCCGACACCGACGCCCUCCUCCUCCCCCUCGCUACCCCCGCACCUCCUCCCCUUUUCUCCUCCGCCCGCCCCUGUCUCCCAGUGAUCGACCCCCUCGCCGCCGCCCCAUGGCCGCAGCUUCUGCCGACGCAGACGCCCUCCUCCUCCUCCCCUCCUCCCGACCUCGCUCUGGCCUCUCUCGAGGAGGAGGACCCCCGCUCCUCCUCCCCGUCCCCUCCCUCCCCCUCCUUCUCCCCCCGCCGCCCCUGUCUCCCGCUUCAUCUCCUCGCCUUGAACCCCGCCUCCUCCACCGUGGCCAAGGCCGUGAAGCCCGAGCGACGACCAACGGAGGACUAG